AUGUCUUGGAUAGUUGAAGAAAGUGAUAAUACAUCUGCUGUUAAUCUUAAUGGUGAUACUAUUACAUGUACAAAAGAUGGAUAUUAUGGUAGUCCAAUAAAUGUUAUGUACAGCGACUCAGCUAGUGAAAAUGGACAAUAUUUUUGGCAAAUAGAAUUUGAACAGAUGUCAGAACAAGGAGGUGCAUCUGUGGGUUUCACAACAGACGAUAGUUUUAAAAGUGGAUGGUACCUCAAAGGCAUGCAAUAUUUAGGUAAUUUAUCUGAUGGUAGUGGACUCUUGGUAUCAUCAUUUGGUGAUCGAAUAAAAGAAAAUGAUAAAGUUGGUCUAUUAUUGCAAUUGAGUGAUGCAGAUUUAAAAAUAUAUAUUUUUCAUAAUGAACGACCAUUAGGUUUAGCAUUUCAUGUUUCGUCACCAUAUCCAAAACCAUUGUAUCCUGUUGUUAGUUUCAGUUCAAAUGGUAAAGUUAAAAUCAGUCGUGCACAACAAACACCUACAUCAUUAGAACGUUCACCAGAAGAGUUCACUGGUGUUGAAGGCAAUUGGAGAAUCAUUGAUUAUCCAUCGCAUCCAGAAUGUAUUGAUUGUAAAUUUGCAAUAUCAAAAGAAAGUCCAAAUGUGUAUGGUCUUCAUGCACAUGUAGUUAAUUCAAUGAAUUGUUCUUUGGAAUAUGAUCCAGCAAAUGAUCAAUGGAAAAGUUCUCCUAUUCUGAGAACACGGAAGGGGGGCCCACCAGAAGCGAUGAAAAAAGAAGACUUAAUAUGCAAGUUAAUCGCCGAUAUUCAAGGUUUGGAAGCUCAAGGUGAACAACACUUAGUGAUUCGAACGAGUGGUGGUGAUCAAGUUCGUUUAGAACGUUUUACUGUUCCAGCACCACAACCAGUUACGCAAAAUAUAUUCAAUUAA